UCCCCGAGGUGGGUCCCUGGCAGGAGCUGGGGAGGCGGCGCUGGAGGGGUGAUGCUCUCCUUACCUCUGUGACUGGAUCCUGCUGGAACCACACCAUGGAUGGGGGCAAGAAGCUAAAGGUCACCCUUGUUUUCAGCCUGCUGCUCGUUUUUCAGUUCUGUGCCGGGAACAAUGUCACUGAUGACUACGACUCCACUGACAACAGCACCAUCGACUACAGCAUGUUUGAGUCGCUGUGUGAGAAGGGGGAGGUCCGUACCUUCCGUGCUGCCUUCCUCCCGGCCAUGUACGGCCUCAUCUGCUUCCUGGGGCUGCUGGGGAACGUGCUGGUGAUGCUCACCUGCAUCUACUUCAAGAGGCUGAAGACCAUGACAGACGUCUUCUUGCUGAACCUGGCUCUGGCAGACAUCCUCUUCCUGCUGACCCUUCCCUUCUGGGCCACGAGCGCGGUCACAGACUGGGUUUUUGGGAGCUUUGGCUGCAAGGCCGUCUACUGCAUCUGCAAAAUGAGUUUCUUCAGCGGGAUGCUGCUCCUGCUGUCCAUCAGCAUCGACAGGUACUUCGCCAUCGUCCUGGCUGCCCCGGCCCAUGGCCAGCGUCCCCGGAUGAUAUUCAUCAGCAAGGUGACAUGCAUGCUCAUCUGGCUGCUGGCCUUCAUCCUCUCCACCCCUGAGCUGGUUCACAGUGGUGUGAACAACUCCGAGACCAAUCCCCGCUGUUCCAUCAUGGCUAAUGACUUGCAGACCUUCAACACUGGCAUCAAAGUGUCCCAAAUGGUGUUUGGCUUCUUAAUUCCCCUCCUGGUCAUGUCUUUCUGCUACCUCAUCAUCAUCAAAACGUUACUCCACUCCCGCAACUCUGAGAAGAACAAAGCCAUCAAGGUCAUCAUCGCCGUGGUCAUCGUCUUCGUCGUCUUCCAGCUGCCCUACAACGGCGUCAUGCUGGCCAAGACCAUCUCAACCUUCAACCAGACCAGCUCGUGCGAGGAGAGCAAGAAGCUGGACGUGGCUGAUGACGUGACCUACACCCUGGCCUGCUUCCGAUGCUGCCUCAACCCGUUCCUCUACGCCUUCAUCGGCGUCAAAUUCCGCACCGACCUCUUCAAGCUGCUGAAGAAACUGGGCUGCCUGAGCCAGGAGCGCCUCUGGCAGCUCACCUCCUGCCGCGACAACAAGAGGUCCUCCUUCGUCAUGGAGACAGACACUACCACCACCUUCUCCCCGUGAGCCAGGCUCCAGCUGAAAUGGCUUUGGACAUUGUCUGAACUCCUGACAGAGUGUCCUUAUGGUUUUGGACAGCGUGGAAUAACGACAUGACUGUCGAUGUGAAAAUGAGAGUAAUCUUUGUUCUUCUAAAUUCUUCUUUUACCGAGGAGUUGAGUAUAAUGAAAAUGAUUGGCUAUUCAGAGCCUACACUCCUUGGUAAACAUUUCAUUUCUCAAGGUUUGUUUUUGGUCUCUUCUGUAAGAUUUCUCAGGCCAAUUUCUCAGGCCUGUAUGGAAGUAGUAUGUGAUGAUUUCACACAGACACUGUGGCUGCCUGAUGCCUAAUUUCAGACCAUUGUCAGUAUCACAGCAGGGCAAGACUUGCCUCACUGUAGAGAAGUCAAGGGGAAAAUCCAGAAGCCUCUCCCUGUUUCAGGCAGCGAGGACUGCUGGCCAAUAUCCCAGGGGUGGAGAGACUUCACAACAGAGUUGUCACUAAUAGCAAAGCAAGGGAGAGGUGGUGAGUCUACAAUUUCUCCUGUCGUUUCACCUUCAGCUUAGUGGUUCCCUGUCAAAAUGAGAAAUGCUCAAAAUAGAACAUUUACCCUAAAAGAGACAAGUACCAAGAGAAAACAGAGCAGCAGAGCUGUCGUUUGGAGACGAGCUGCCAGGAGCAUCACCCUUGCUUUGAUGUUUCUUCUACCAGGCCAACAGCUCUGCAAUCUCACAGAAAUGCCCUUGCACUGAAUCAGUCCAAGGCCAACACGAUCCCGCAGCCUCGGGCUCGAUCCACCACACAACCCCAGCUGUGGAGAAUCCGAGCACACAACUGCUCUGCCUUCCCCCAUAAAAAGUGAGAGAUGACCACAGCUAAUGCGAAAUCCAUACAAACUCUAGCCAUAAUUUCAAUUACUUUAUAUAAUAUUGUAGCCACUCUGUCAGAUAAAGUACAAAUUCCACUUUACUUCUCCUUUAUCCUGUUUCUGGGCAAUCACCUGCUGACCUUGAGAUAAAUAUGAAUGUGGGUUUUACCCUCCCUUCCCAGUCAGAUCUGAAUUUCACUCAUAAGCUACUGGGGCGCGUUUAGCGUCGGUGCUGCCGGCACCAACAAAGACACUGCUCUCUGAGGUUUGAUGUGAACACAGCCCCACCACUGCCAGGCCACGGCAGCUGAACAGCAGAUUAUUGUGGUGGAAAGUCAGACCUUGGAGGAGCCCGGGCUGUAAUUCCAGCUGGCUCCUUUACAGGAAGAGCGAGGAUUCCUGAUGACAGAUGAACGCUCUGGGAAGCGCUGUGGCGGGACAGCUGGGAGGAGCUGCUGCACACCCAGGGCAGCUGUCCCUGUCCCUGUCCCUGUCCCUGUCCCUGUCCCUGUCCCUGUCCCUGUCCCUGUCCUGUGUGCUUGGGUCCCACAGCACCCACCUCUCCCAGAGCCAUCACCAGUGGAGAGAGGUCUCAGCCUGGAGCUGCUCCCAGGGCUGACAGGGGAGACAUGUCCACGUUCCCCUGAACACACAAAACACUCACUAAACAGACAUUUAUCCUUUUUUUUCAACACGUGGAUCCAUCAGGAGUGAGACAGAGAACUCUGGUUCACGGGUUGGAGAGCAUUGCUGUAGAGAAUUGAGGAUUAAAAUCAGCCUUCCAAGAAAGAAUUCACUGGCUCAGUCUGAGACAGCACUGUCUCUUAUUUACCUGGCUGCCACUAAAUGUAAAUAAAUUUUCCAUAAACCAUUUAGCUCUGCUGUAUGGGAUUUUUGUCAAGGGCUGGGCUUUGGGAAGAGAGGACAUUCUGCUCUCUGUUACCUAUCUGAGCACAACUGUUGAACUCAUUUUUGUUUACAAUGCCCAGGUAACUGUACAGAAGUGCUGCUUCUGUGUCACAUGAAGUAGGGUGUGACAACUGACACUGAACAGUUCUUUGUCCUUGGUUUCCUUCUCAUCCUUAUUUGGGCAAGACACAGCUAUCAUGAUCUCGGCCAGAGCCAGGAGCACCCCCAGCACAGGACACCCCAGCACAGGAUAUUUGCAGUUUUCCUCAUCAGUAACAAUACACUGUUAAUGUAUAUUCAAUAUGUAAAGCUGCUGUGAAAAACGUGAAUGAUUAAUUCAUGUUCUUAUUGUAAAUUGGAAAACUAUAAAUCUGUAUAAAUCUGUAUUAGGUAUAAGUCUAUGUUUUAGGAGACCUUGCAGCAGAUGAUGAAAAUAACAACCCUUAAAAAGCAGGUGCCUCCAUUCAGAAAGGAACAAAAUACUUUUCUGGGAAAGCUCGAAGCCUUCUCAAGUACCGGGAGGAGACCUAUCGAGAUAAGCUGGCACGGGCAACUCACACCUUGGUUGCCACCUUCACAGAUCAUCAAGCCACAUCAUCCAUAUCUCGAUCAUUCAUCAACCAUAAGGAUCUAUAGAAAUUGGACAUUAACAUUUGAACUAAGAAAAGAACUCUUUUCUGCUUGGUCAGGGAAACUCCUGAAUUUGUAUAGUUAGUCGGGAAACAAUGGGAAAUAUGGGGAAAUAUUGCCGAGGGCAGAAUAAAGUGUAUAAAAACCAAGCCCCGAACCGGGCAAAUUUGUGAACCGUUGGGGGAGAUAGCAGGCUGCCAGACCCUGUAUCUCACGGUUCACCCUUGGCAUUUUCCCGGGAAAACUCUGUCAACUUUCUCUAUUGUUGGUGGGUUUUCAAAAUUCUGUGAUUUGAUCUGUUAUUAAUAAACCAAAUUAUUAUUUCAAUUGGAAUAUCGUAUUGGCAUUUAUAACACUGUUUUACUUUUAAAGUUCAAUCUCUUCAUGAAUGUACCCUGAGAACACUCUGCAUCCAUGGAACCCUUUUAUGCAGAGUCCAAUCACCUCAUUCCAGCCAGGAAACUGCUCCACCAACACAUGGAGCUGUACUUGUGUCCUGUGGAUAAAAAGCCAUUCAAAUGAAGAGGUCUUCAGGUCCUCACAGACCAGAUGAAUUCCAAAUAGGACAACUCACAGCUGCUUCCAUAAAUGAGAUGCAGAGGCAGCCUCUGGGACAGGUGCAGCUCAGCGAGGCAGUGCUGAUGUCAGAGCGCCUGGCUUUCCCUGGUUAAAUUUAACAGACAGAACAAAUUUGCAUCUAAUUUAGAUGAGUCAUGUUAACGUUGGCCUAAGAGCCCAA